AACUGACCUUAUUCGUGGCAUUCUUUCUUUGGCUGCAAUCAACAUCAUUCACAAGUUUGAUAUUCUUUGGCAGAGGCACUCCUGGUGUCUUAAUUCCAAACAUCGAACCUGUAAUCUCAAUCUAUGCUGAAAUCUGGGUGAAAUCUCCAGCUGUUUCAAUUGCAGUCUUGAGGUCAACCUGUGGAUUUCCUGUGAAGAUUGUCCCAUUGCCAACUGCCACAGGGAAGUCAUCGCCAUUGACGACGAUUGCCCCAGAAGCAGACAGUAAAAUUUCCUUGUGUACAAACACCUGCCAACCCUUCAAUUCAUGUUCGCCUGUAUUAAUUAUCGUUGCCAAAGAUUUGAACGCCCAUGCCUGCGCGGAUGCAUUCUUUACCUUUUGGAUAUUCUUUUUCACGAGAUGUGAAAGAAUAGGUAAGAAAGAUGCAGUAAUUUUUAUUUUAUUUUUGUUACCUGGCCUACAGCCCACCUUAGCCUUGUAAAAGGCUCCGCCCUUGAGCACAGGCACAAGGAAGAGGGAAAAUAAACAAAAUCCAGCAGUCGGAAGCUUUCAGCGCCGGCAUCAUUAUCAAACAGGAAUACCCAGUUCAGAAAUCUUCGUGAUGCGCUUGUCAAGUUUGCUCCUUUGCCGCUUCAAAAGGGAUGCCAUAGAAGCAACCUAACCAUUAAAAUACAGAGAUGAGAUAACCUUCAGGGCAUCUUCAAAGGAAGAGCUAAAAGGAAAAGACAAAAAGCUUUCAUCCCUCAUUUUUAUAGCUCUAAUGGGAGAGCUAAAAUAGUAUUUCUAAGUUGAAGAGCUAUUCCUGAAUCAAAAGAAAUCAUCGUGAAUGUUGAUACUUAUGGAUAAGAAGCAACUCAUGUAGGUCACAGGUGCAGCAUGCUUGAACGAGAAACAUCAAGGUUUUGCUGCUGUCAUUUUAAGUGUAGAUAACGUCUGACAGCCAAGCCAAGUUACCGUAGGAGAUUCUCAUAUCCUCCACCAUGACAAUUCAGUGGACAAAUUUCAUUCCUGGGCUUUCCAUCACCGAACACAAACUAUAGCUUCUCUGUCACAGAUUUAUAGGUAGAUAACAGGAACCACAGUGAAAGUCCAACAGGAAAGAAAGGAAAAGAAAAAAAAAAAUCUGCAGCAGCUUUGGUUUUAUAUUGAUUUAGCAAGACGCUGAUUUAGGAAUUCUCCCAUGGAACAUACAUUCUGAGAAAGUCGACGACCACCCAUUUCUAGUGCCUUUUCUUAGAAGAAACUAUUUGACUGUAAGAAAAAAAUGAUACUGCAAUGGAAGGAAGGGGAUUGUUGGUAGGGAAAGAGCAGAGCUAAUGGAUUUAGCUUCCUUCUUCGAUUUAUCCACUAGUAGUAAUCUGCUUCAUAAAAUAUACCAAAAAUAGAAAGAAAAAAACAAUAAUAUAUAUUUUAGCUGCUGUGGCAUCCGUCCUAUAACCAUACAUAAAUAGAUGCUUUUGUUUUGUUUUGCUUGCUGUUGUUUAUCUAUGGGAUCAGUCGUAGGGCGUAGAAAACAGAGAGAGAAGAAGGCGAAACCAAAAGUAAAAAACCACCUCUCCUUUCUCUUCCCUCGCGUUUUUCUCAUAUCAAUGAAUGCUGUUCAUAUCUUGUUUAUACGUAUGUGUGUAUCUCUUGCCAGACUAGACUUCCAACUGCACCCUCCCUCCACACCCUCUUUUUAAUUAUUUCUUAGCAAUUUGUUAAUUAUCAUCCGAAGGAAGAGGAAGAAGAAAGGAGUGUAGUUUAUAUUUCAUUAUUUUUUUAGUAUUUAAUCAUGAGAGAAAGAGGAAGAAGAAGAUUAUUAGUAUAUGAUAGAUAGAUAGAUAGAGAUGUGGUAUUGUAAUGGCUGUCGAUCGAUUUCACGCCUGGCUUCGCGAUUACGACUCUCUCCAAUAUUUAGCCCUCUUUCUCAUUUACCUUCAGAUUGGUUGCUCUUUGAUCGGAUCCCUUGGAGCUUUGCACAACGGAAUCUUGCUCCUUAAUUUGGCCAUCUCUUUGUUCGCCCUCGUCGCCAUUGAGAGCAACAGUCAGCGUCUUUGCCGUACCUACGCUUUCCUUCUCUUCUCCUCUGUUCUCCUCGACAUUGCCUGGUUCAUCCUCUUCUCUCACCCCAUCUGGAACAUUUCCGCUGACAAGUAUGGGAUGUUCUUCGUCUUUUCAGUGAAACUCACUCUGGCAAUGCAAAUCGUUGGUUUUACAGUGAGGUUGUCAUCCUCAUUGUUAUGGAUUCAAAUCUACAGAUUGGGGGUUCCUUAUAUAGAUAGUACAGCUACUCGAGAAGCAGAUUUUGAUUUAAGUAGUAGUUUUCUCAGUCCAGCAACUCCUACUACUCUAGGUAGAGAAUGCUCAGAUUCUGAUGUUGUUUUAGGUGGUUCCAUUUACGAUCCAGCUUAUUAUUCGUCUCUUUUCGAAGAUGGACAGUACAGCAGACGUCUCCGUCAGGAUCAAAACUCUGUAAUCUGUGACGAUGGAUCUACUUCUAGUGCCGAAGCUUCUCAGGUGAAGGUGACCACACGCAGAGCUUUUGAAGCUGUGGAUGUAGAUAUACGGAAAUUCGUCCUAGAUUAUGUUGACUUCCAGUGUUCUAUCCCAAUGGACUUGUGGGGGUGA